GCGUCUGUUGAUAAUCUGGACAAAAUGACAAUGAAGUUAAGGAAAUUAUUGGAGAAUCGUUCUCUUGCGUCUCUCAAUCUUGCUCCUUCUCUCGACCAAUUGGACGUUCAGCUGGAUAAUAGUGAUUCACUGAGACGCGUUGACUGGUUGGUUGGCCGAAAUGAGGCUUAUCGUUGGUUACGGAGGGCAAACUAUCGAACAGAAGCAAUCCAGCUCAGUCUGGCCAGUUGCGGUCGUUUUUUGAGGUUUACUAUUCCAGUGUCAAUUGUUUUUAGAAAUACAAUUCUUGUGCCCCUGUCCUCGGCUUCUGAUUUGAAGAACUUGGCAGCACCGCAAAUGAGCUUCGCUCUCCUUGACUCAAAUACUCGAAAUCCUAUUCUUUAUGUAAAGGUCGGAGAGGUUAUGCACUGCCUAAUUACCUUUGGCAACCUCUUUAUGGAGAACAUCAUUGUGCGUGGACUUGAUGAGUCACAUUGUGUGCCCGAAUAUACCGCACGGUCUCGUACCACGGCCGCUGUAUCCCAGGGCUUCUCUCAAGCCAUGUCCGAUCUCCUCUGCUCUGCAGCAGUUAACGAGUUCGCCACUUUCUUACUGCCGAAUUUUGACAAUGUAAGAAGUCAUUUAAACUCGAAAUCAACAAUUGAUUACUCCUUUGGGUUUCAGAAUCGUCAUCUUCCACCAUCAGAUCAUCGACUGCCUACAGUAAGCCAACUUGACCUCACGACGCCUAGUCGCCAUGUGACAUUUGUUCGAGUGACAGAGGCGGCAAGAAUUGCCUUGGUCCACUUUUCCACCACCACGGAACCACCCACUCAGGUUUCGGCACUUCAUCAAUUCUGCGACUGGCUCCAAACUUACGUGCGACUCUUUACAGAGCCCUGCAUGAACUGUGGGCAGCUACUAGGUCAAGAUUCUGCUUUGCCAGUACUCCGUACUUUCCACACCAAUCCUGCGAAUGCUCGCGCUCAACAUGAACACUGUCGAGUGAUUGCUUCCACUGUCUGA